AUGGGGCUUCCAAAUAAAACCCGAGAAGAUCGUCGUUCUCUUUGCCAGGGGAACCCCGGUGCUCUCUCCGGUGCGGUCUCGCUCAAUCUCGGGAAAAAUUACGCCUCAAAAAAAGAGGUAACACUUUACAAGGCCGACCAUGUGCCAUAUCCACCAGCUACAGAAGCUCCAGUUGCGAUUCAUGGGAAUAGGGACCGAUGCGCCCUUCUACGAGAGAAACGUCGAUCUCCACCACGACCUGGAGCUCCCUACCCAAUAGCCAAACUCAAAACAAAAGACAGUGUAUUUUUUAUAGUAAUUGUAUUCGAUUCAUUCACUUUAAUCGAUGUUGCAGGUGACCUCACUAUGAAGCCCAAACUGACAGUUGUCAAAUGUGAUCUAUUGAAUUGGCCCGGCUGGACAGAAUAA